ACGCGUGGUAUUCUGGGAGCGCGGGACCCGCCAUUCCUUGGCUCACACCUUCGCAGUUGCUCGAGUUGCUGCCGCACGGGAAAGGAAGAGUAGGCCGGAGCCGGUGAGAACUCUUUUCCUGCCAAGAUGUCUAUUGGUGUGCCGAUUAAAGUCCUACACGAGGCUGAGGGUCACAUCGUGACAUGUGAGACAAACACCGGCGAGGUGUAUCGUGGGAAGCUCAUUGAGGCGGAGGACAACAUGAACUGCCAGAUGUCCAACAUCACAGUUACAUACAGAGACGGCCGAGUGGCACAGCUGGAGCAGGUGUACAUCCGUGGCAGCAAGAUCCGCUUUCUCAUUUUGCCUGACAUGCUGAAAAAUGCGCCCAUGUUAAAGAGCAUGAAAAAUAAAAACCAAGGCUCAGGGGCUGGCCGGGGAAAAGCUGCUAUUCUGAAGGCCCAAGUGGCUGCAAGAGGAAGAGGACGUGGAAUGGGGCGUGGAAACAUCUUCCAGAAGCGAAGAUAAAUUUAUCUGUUGAACUGAACUUUGUCGUUAUUUUUUCCCUUAGGUUGUCUGGGUUCAGGGGGGUGUAUGCUUAUGUAUAUGUUCUAGGUUUUCUUUUGACAUCUUUCUCUUUAGAGCAGAGGAAAUGUUAAACUAAAUAAAUAUGGUGGUGAUUGUU